AUGGAAGACACUAAGGUCAUGUUUAGACAGAUGCUUGAAAAAGCUUUAAAUGCCAAGAUGGCUGAGCUUGAAGGAAAAAUCAUGGCCAACUUUGAGAAGAAGUUAGAGAUGGGUGGGCCUAGUGAUGUUCAGGUGAAAAGGCCCAAAGAAGAGACUAGUAAAAAGAAGGCCUUUGAUGACGUUUGGGAUGAAGAAGAUUAUCUCCAAGACAAGCAAGCUGAAUUUGCUGGAAUGGGGCUAUUAGAUGCAGAUGACUUUGACAUCCAGUUGGAUGGAAAUCUACCUGAAAUUUUCAAGAUGCCUAAUUUGGCUAAAUUCGAUGGUACUGGUGACCCAAAAACCCACCUCAGGUCUUAUCUUAUAGUCAUGAAAACAACUGGUUUGACUAAGAACCAAGUCACUCAGUUCUUUUCUAUGUCACUAGAAGGGGUUGCAUCUUCAUGGUAUCAUGGGCUAGAAGCCACUGUGAGAAAAGAUUGGGAGGAGCUAGUUAGGAGAUUUGUGCAACAAUACUCCUAUAAUACAGCUUUAGAUGUUACCCUGAGAGACUUAGAGACCACUAGGCAAAAACCAAAUGAAACCUUUUCAGAGUAUCUAUUGGGAUGGAGGAAAAAGGCCAUGAAGAUGACCAAUAGGCCUGCUGAAAAGGAUCAACUAUAUGAUGCUAGGUUAUUAGUGGAGGAUGUAUUGAACAAUGAAAGGAAGAGUUAUCAGCCCAAAAGGGGAGGAUACCAGUCAGCUGGCAAUAUUACUGGGGAAAACAAAGUCAUUGAGGUUCAAACCGUGUCCCGCACCCUUAGAAAGUUCUAUCAAUUCAACCAACCUCUAUCUAAAGUCUUCGAGCGACUCAAAGCUCGGGGCCUCCUCCAACCCUUGGCACCUAGACCACCACCAAACCCACUGUCACCCAAUUACAAUGCUAACCUAUACUGCCAAUUCCAUCAAACUCAUGGCCAUGACACUGAUAGAUGUUUUCGGCUAAAACACGAAGUUCAGGACCUGAUCGAUGCUAAGAAAAUAGCUGACCCAGAAAAUUGA